UACAAAGAAAAAUGGCCCUUAAGAAAAUAAAGUCUAUACAGUUCUGCUGGAGAUCUGUAGAGAUUUCAUUUGUGUAAGUUAUCAUUGGUAGCAGUAGGAUCAAAGUUGAAAGAUUUUGAGCUCCUCAAAAGCAAGAUUUUUGCCUUUCUGUUUAUCUCCAGAGCUUUGCAUGGUGCCUGGCAAAUAGUAGUAAUUUAAUGGAUACUUAUUCACUUGAAUUCUGAUCGUGCCUUGUGCCCCUCAGCAGGUCUCCGUCAUGAGUGACAGGGGAACAGACAACCAUUCAGAGGUGACCGACUUCAUUCUUAUAGGAUUUCGAAUUCGCCCAGAGCUCCAUACUCUCCUCUUCCUGCUUUUUCUGUUUCUCUAUAGCAUGAUCUUUCUGGGAAAUGGUGGUAUGAUAACUCUCAUCCUGACUGACCCCCGGUUGAACACACCAAUGUAUUUCUUCCUAGGCAACCUGUCCUUCAUUGAUCUCUCCUGCUCCUCUGCUGUAGCACUCAAGGCUAUGGCUAAUAUCUUAUCCAUGAGAAAUACCAUCUCCUUCACAGGCUGUGUGACCCAACUCUUCCUCUUUGCCCUCUUCAUGGUGACGGAGGGUUUUGUCCUGUCAGCUAUGGCUUACGACCGCUUCAUAGCCAUCUGCUCUCCUCUGCUCUAUACUCUCCGCAUGUCAAGACGCUUGUGCACCCAGCUCGUGCUGAGUUCUUAUCUUUGUGGCUGGGUUACCGCCGUUCUCCAAGUAAGCAUGACCUUCUCCAUGUCUUUCUGUGCCUCCCGGGUCAUCGAUGACUUCUACUGUGACUCCCACCCUAUGGAAAAAAUCUCAUGUUCUGAUGUUUUUUUCCAUAAGAUAAUAUCACUAACUUUGGCUGGCGUCAUUAUUUUUCCCACCAUUGUAGUCAUUUUGGUGUCCUACACAUACAUUGUGUCUGCCGUUUUGAAAAUCCGCUCUACCGAAGGCCGAAAGAAAGCUUUCUCUACUUGUAGUUCUCACCUGGGGGUUGUGAGCUUGCUUUAUGGGACUGUCUUUUUUGUGUAUGUCAUCCCUCCAAACAACCCUGAAUUACGCAAAAUAGCCUCUGUAUGUUACACUCUUGUCACUCCUAUGCUGAAUCCUCUGAUUUACUCUCUAAGAAAUAAGGAUGUCAAAGCAGCUCUGCAAAGAAUUCUGGGGAAGAAAAAAGCCUUGUUCUAAAUCCUUUCUUUUUUCCUCCAUUUGGUUUCUUAUUGUUGAUUUUGUACUCCUGUGGGUAAAAUUGAAGUUAGACCUCUCAUUUCAUUAAUGAAUAUAAGGGGCUAGCAGAUAAGGAACCUUCCUCAAUCAAUAUAUGUUGGUCCCUUCUCUGCAACUUCUUAUAUAGAAUAGAAUGGAGUAUUCAGAGGUUACAUAAUAAUAAUAAUAAUUAUAGUCAACAUCUAUAUAGUGCUUACUAUGUGCCAGGCACUGUGCUAAGCACUUUACAAUUAUUGUUUCCUUUGAUCCUCACAACCCUGGGAGGAGGUGCUAUUAUUAUUCCUAUUUAACAGAUGAGGAAACCGAGGCAAACAGAAGUUAAGUGACUUACUUAGGAUCAUACAGCUAACAUAUGUGAGGCAUCUUCCUGCCACCAAGCCUAACUUUCUUUGAAUUACACCAGUACUACCCAUUGCUAUUCUCCCCUUGAAUAAGAUACAUCUUCUGUGGUGUCUCUCCUCUUUCAUAUGAUUUUUCCACUACUGGAUGAAUAUUACUUGCCUGCCCUGCCAAUUCCUUCUCUAGGAUAGUAACAUUGUGGAAUAUGCUGGACGUCGGAGGCACAUUGCAAAAGCACUCACUGCAGACUGCAGUACAUGUAAGGCAGCACCUGAUGCUCGAGGAUUUCCUUCCCUGUGGUACCUGAGUGCCUUCAGAAUUUGGUAAAGUGGGACUCUCUUUUAGAAGAGCGACACUUUGGGAGCUAGUUUCUAGAAAAGGUGGGUAGCGUCGGGGACAGGGCAUUACAACUUAUUAAAAAGAGUGUGUUGGGGAUGCUCUUUAAAUGGGAAAAGAAUUUCAAGUCAGGUGUGUGAGGAAAGUGAAGGGGGUGAGAUGACAAAAGAAGCUCACAGUCUCUGAUCCUUUGGCAGCUCCCAGAGGAAGUAGCUAACUGAAUGUCGGAAAGACACUCUUCAACUCAACCCUUCU